GUGGAGCUCAGUCUUUGCCAAGAUACUGAGUGGCUCGCUACUCGGCUUCACCGUGAACCAGUGAACGGCGGCCGCUCUACGUUGACUCCCGUUUAGACAUCACCAAAUAUUGACCGAUUGAACACACACACACACGCACACACACAAACAUUUGUUUCUUGAACUUUUGUCUAUUUGUCCGUUGACUGAUACAAACUGAUCGCUACCAGCUUUACCAUAGAGUUUGGCUUGUUUGAAACUGCGAGUGGAAGUUAUCGGUCCGUUUCUUCCGUGUUUUGUUUGAACGAAAGAAGAUCGUCGGGAAACAUUUGUCGAACAUUAUUUGUUUCUGGCCAGUAUCGUGCCUUUCCCCCCGUGUUAUUGCCUCUUUAGAUUGUAGUCGAUCUUGUUGCGCGCUGGAUGUCAGACGAGCAGCGAAAUCCGCCGCCAAAUUCAAGAGCUGGGGCCAUCCCGUGUUGAAGAUGGCAGCAACGGCAGCUGCGACCAUCUGCAGCCUGUUGACUUGAAACAACCAGUGUAAAAAAAAAAAAAAAGAAAAAGAAAAGAAAAAAAAAAGCUUUGCGUACAUAAACAAGCUUCUCAAAGACAGUGAGAGAGAUCUCAACGGAGAGAGUAAAAAAAAAACUAAAACUAAACAACCGUUGCCUUGCUUCUCUUCAUUUUCGUUGUUGUUGGAGCGGAGCUGUUGUUGUUUUUCUUCGCCAGCGCCAAGUGUCUUCAAGUUCUCAACGAGACCAGCGCUCUCAUCAUGAGGUGGGUGACGGCGCCCUACCGGACGAUAAUCGGGACGGUGCUUUUGCUAACGAUAGUGGCAGCCGUUGUGACGGCUUCGCAAGAAUCUCGUUCGAAUCGACGGAACGGAGCCAAAGGCAAGAGACGGAAUCGAUCGACAACGACGACCCCGUCUGCCUUUGAAUUCCAAAACGAGACGGCCAGUUCUUUUUCCGACGGAGACGACGAGGACGAUGUCGAAGCGGCAGCGCAACAUCAACAAGAUCAACCGCCCGGCGGAAUCGAAACGUGCGAAGUGGCACGUCUCAAAUGCGCCUACCGUGUCGGAUGUGGCAUGGCUCUCCAGAAUUACAUGGUUGGAUGUUCGGACGUGAUUACGGGGUCUUCGCAACGCUGCUCCGACCACUGCCGCAACUCGUUGAUAGCCCUGACCAGCACCGAAGAAGGCGAGGCUCUCAUGAAGUGCAAAUGCGGAGAUACGUUUUGUAAAGACGCCAAACGACGCAUCGACAUCUGCCGUAGCGCCGUGUUGCGCGCUACGCACAACAGCACCACCGUAUCAUGCAGUGUGGCCCAGUGGAUAUGCAUCGCAGACCCGCUGUGUUCGACAGCGCUCGAGUACUACAAUCGAUUCUGUCGUUCCAUGUUCGCCGGAAAGAAGUGCACCCUGCGCUGCAAAAACUCCAUUUCCAUUCUGCGGCGUCAGGAAAAGGCGGCAAAAUUGAGCACUUGCGUGUGCGAUGGCUCUGAGGAUUACGACUGCCCGUCCAUCCUGGACAACAUGGAUCGCUUAUGUUUUCAGAAAAUGCGUCCGUCGACGACGUCGGUGACGGUCGCCACCGUACCACAUCACCAAGAGACAACGGAGGAGGGGGGCGGGCUAGGGGUGGAGGAACGCAACGAUACCAGCAGCAACAGCGGCGGAAUCGGCGACCGCGACCGGACAGGGCACGGCCACGGCAGCGGCCACCACCCCGGCCAUCAGCCCCACUUGCCCAAAACACGGCCACAUCAUCCCCAUCAUCCGGUGGUUCAAGACACGGAAGACAUCGAAACCAACGAGGUCGAAAUCAUACCUCAUCCGCCGCCGACCCGUCUGCCUAGUCGAGCCGCUUCCUCACCAUCCGGCUCACUUUCCUCGCUCGCCUUGUCGGCCGUCUUCUCCUUCACCGUCCGUCUCUUGCUUUAAGCUUUCACAUCAUCGAGACCACAGUUGAUUCUUCUUCUUCUUCUCCUUCUUCUUCUUCUUCUUUUUUUCUUACAUUUUGCAUUUGAGUGUUUCUUCUUCUUUUUGGCCGCUGUUUAUUGUCGAACACCGCCAACUCCGUCUCACCCGACAUCACCGUAAUGGAAAACAAAAGAUAGUGACUCAUCGAUCGGUGACCCCUGCCUUCAGCUGGAAAGAAAAGAAAAGAUAUGAAGUUCGACUAGUGCAAGCCUGGCCGGAAUCGUCCAGUGGAUCGACUUCAACGACGACGAUGAAUCAUCGCACAAAACGGAAGAAGAAACAGCAAACAAACGAAAAGAUAGAUGGCCUGUUGCGCGAUGUGUUUCUUAUAAAUAUAUAUAUAUAUACGUGAGCGUGCGUUUGUGUUAAUAGCCUUGUCAAACAUGAGGACGUGAAUAGCCCGGCCAGUUGUACAGUAUCUAUCAAUAGCAAAUCAGAUUCGUUGGUAGAAACACAAGUGUUCGAGAGAGACAGCGCAGAAAAUGUUUUCGAUUUCAAACGUUUGGCCACCAUUUGAUAACGAUUGAUCCUGACUCCAACUGUGAUAUAUAGCCCAUCUGUUAGCGAACAAAAUAUCGUGACUGACACACUAUACUUAACGACAAAAGACGACAAAUGUGCUGCCCAGUGUAACCAGAGAAAGACGGUCGACUAUGAAUUGCAUACGAUGAUCAUUUGCCCAUUCUUGCGCGGACACCGUUUAUGACACUGCAAAUGGAUUAUGCUACGCUUGAUGCUAUAUUACAUAACGAAUUGUGUUUUGUUUUAUUUGGAAUCUUAUUUUUGGGACGGACGAUUAAUCAUUCAGGUCGCUAUGUACAUAACGAAACUAUAGUGCUGCAUGACGCGUGUAAAAAUCCUGACGAAACCAAAUCGACAGGCAAAUUUGAUCGUGCCAAUUGCCAAUAUAAUUGACUGUAAUGACUUGCUGCUAUUCAAUGUUUUUUACAUCACGCCCGACCCGACGUGAUGACUUCCAGAAGCUAUGCACAAUCUUCUAAAGAGACUUUGGUGAAUCAAACAUUGACAGAUCCUGUGUUUCAAUCCUUCAGUGUUCACAGAGUACAAUCGUGUAGACCUUGUCCUAUUGCUGUCAUGCUUUGAUUGUCUUAGACCCUCCUCACUGAAUUCGAAAUCAACAUUGUUGUUUUGGUUUUUUCUUUAAAGAUGGAAUACAUUUAUCUAUUAGCGA